CGAGUGAAAGUGAGGGGGAGCGAUCGAGAGAGGAGAGGAGAGGAGAGAAAGACAGCGAGGGAGUAUUUGGUUUGUGGAAGUGCAAAGCCUUUGUUCUAAUUGGUUGCUAAAUUGUGACAGGCAGUUGGUCCCCUCCCCCGAGCCCCGCUUGGCUGCGUGCAUGUGUCUGAGCGCUGGCAGUUUUAAGUCUGCCGAAUGUGCUCGGAGUUCCUAAUCGAGCUGGGGGUCUGUUUGUACACAGGGAGCGGGAGAAAGAGAGAGAGAGAGAGGGAGUGAGAGAGAGAGAGAGUGUGAGAGAGAGAGAGAGAGAGAGACCCUGCGCGCAGGGUGUAUGCGGGCGCAAUGGCAUUGGAUCUGGGGCUCCCACCUCUCCUCCUGUGGACUAUUACCUUCCAGGCACUCUGCUCCCACGCCGGAGGCACCAACAACGAAGUAAAUCUCCUGGACACAUCUUCAAUAUCAGGAGACUGGGGUUGGCUGACAUAUCCGUCACAUGGGUGGGACGCCAUCAACGAGAUGGACGAGUACUUCAGCCCCAUCCACACCUACCAGGUGUGCAACGUGAUGAGCCCCAGCCAGAACAACUGGCUGCGCACCAACUGGAUCCAGCGGGACGGGGCGCGGCGCAUCUACAUCGAGGUCAAGUUCACGCUGCGCGACUGCAACAGCAUGCCGGGCGUGCUGGGCACCUGCAAGGAGACCUUCAACCUGUACUACCGCGAGGCGGACCGCGACGCGGGCGCCGCCGUCCGCGAGAGCCAGUUCUCCAAGAUCGACACCAUCGCGGCGGACGAGAGCUUCACGGGCGUGGACCUGGGCGUGCGCCGGCUCAAGCUCAACACCGAGGUGCGCGGCGUGGGGCCGCUGUCCAAGCGCGGCUUCUACCUGGCCUUCCAGGACAUCGGCGCCUGCAUCGCCGUCGUGUCCGUGCGCGUGUACUACAAGCGCUGCGCCGCCAUGGCGCGCAACCUGGCCGUCUUCACCGACGUGGUGACGGGCGCCGACUCGUCCUCGCUGGUGGAGGUGCGCGGCCGGUGCGUGGACCACGCCGAGGAGCGGGACACGCCCAAGAUGUACUGCAGCGCCGAGGGCGAGUGGCUGGUGCCCAUCGGGAGGUGCGUCUGCAGCGCCGGGUUCGAGGAGCACGGGGACUCCUGCGUGGCUUGUGAGGUGGGCUUCUACAAGCCGUCGGCCGGGGACCAGCUGUGCGGGAAGUGCCCCCUGCACAGCCACUCGGAAACGAGAGCCGCCAUCUCCUGCCCGUGCGACUCCAGCCACUACCGCUCGGCGUCCGACCCGCCCGCUACGCCCUGCACGCGGCCCCCCUCAGCUCCGGUGAACGUGAUCUCGUCGGUGAACGGGACCUCGGUCAGCCUGGAAUGGGGCCGGCCGCUGGACACCGGCGGGCGGAGCGACAUGGUGUACAGCCUGGCGUGCCUGAAGUGCGCCGGGGACUGGGGGCAGUGUGAGGACUGCAGCACCGGGGGGGUGGGGCCCGGGGCCGGGGGGCUGGGGGCCGGGGCCGGAGGGGGCACGGGCGGAGGCGGAGGAGGCGCAGGAGGGGGCGCGGGAGGAGCAGGCGGGGGAGAGAGAGGAGGCAACCUCCCCAUCCGCUUCGUACCCCAGCAGGUGGGGCUGACGGAGCCCUGGGUGACAGUGCUGAACCUGGCCGCCCACGUUAACUACACCUUCCAGAUCCACGUGCGCAACGGCGUGUCCCACCUCAGCCCCGAGCCGCAGCCCUACGCCGCCGUCAACAUCACCACGAACCAGGCAGCACCCUCUCAGGUGAUCGCCAUCAGACAGGAGAACACCAGCCAGAACAGCGUCACCUUGCUGUGGCACGAGCCUGACCAGCCGAACGGAGUCAUCCUCGAGUACGACAUCAAGUACUACGAGAAGGACAGGGAGCAGCAGAGCUACUCCACCCUCAAGUCCAAGGGCACCUCCGCCAAAGUUUCGGGGCUGAAGCCGGGGACCCGCUACGUCUUCCAGGUGCGGGCCAGGACCUCGGCGGGCUGCGGCCGCUUCAGCCAAUCGGUGGAGAUCCAGACCGGCAAAGCGGUUCCCCUAAAGUACAACACCAUGACGAUCAUCUGGAUCUCCAUGGCGCUGGUGACGGGCCUGGUGACGUUCCUGGCCAUCGUCAUCUGCAGAAAACGACAUUGUGGCUACAGUAAGGCUUUCCAAGACUCUGAAGAAGAGAAGAUGCACUACCAAAAUGGACACAUCUCUUUUCCAGAAGCCAGGUUUUAUAUCGACCCCCACACGUACGAAGACCCAUGUCAAGCCGUACACGAGUUUGCCAGAGAAAUCGAGGCUUCCAGGAUUAAAAUAGAAAAAAUCAUUGGUUCAGGGGAGUUUGGGGAGGUGUGUUACGGCCGGAUGCGUCUCCCGGGUAAGAGGGACAUCCCGGUCGCCCUGAAGACGCUGAAGGCCGGGUACAGCGAGAAGCAGCGCCGGGACUUCCUGGGCGAGGCCAGCAUCAUGGCGCAGUUCGACCACCCCAACGUCAUCCGCCUGGAGGGCGUGGUCACCAGGAGUAAACCAGUGAUGAUCAUCACGGAGUACAUGGAGAACGGAUCUUUGGACUCCUUCCUACGGAGACACGACGGGCAGUUCACCAUCAUCCAGCUGGUGGGGAUUCUGCGUGGCAUCGCGGCGGGCAUGAGCUACCUGGCUGACCUGGGGUACGUCCACCGGGACCUGGCCGCCCGCAACAUCCUCGUCAACAGCAACCUGGUCUGCAAAGUCUCGGACUUCGGCCUCUCCCGGGUCCUGGAGGACGACCCAAACGCGGCGUACACCACCACCGGUGGCAAGAUCCCUAUUCGCUGGACAGCCCCAGAGGCCAUCGCCUACCGCAAGUUUUCCUCAGCCAGUGACGUGUGGAGCUAUGGCGUGGUCAUGUGGGAGGUUAUGUCCUAUGGGGAGAGGCCGUACUGGAACCUGACCAAUCGGGAUGUGAUAAAGUCCGUGGAGGAGGGCUACCGUCUCCCCGCCCCCAUGGCCUGUCCGGGGGCCCUCCACACCCUAAUGCUGGACUGCUGGCAGAAGGACCGCAACGAGAGGCCCAAGUUCUGCCAGAUCGUCACCGUUCUGGACAAGCUGAUCCGCAACCCGGAAAACCUCAAGUCCCUUGAGACGCUAUGCAGGUUAAACAGCCCUCUGAUGAACAGAAGCAUUCCCGAUUUCAGAAGCUGCAGGUCGGUGGACGAGUGGCUGGACACCAUUAAGAUGGGCCGCUACAAAGGCAACUUCGCCGCGGGCGGGUACAUGACUCUGGGCCACGUAAUGGGGAUGAAUCAACAUGACAUCCACCGGCUGGGCGUGACGCUGAUGGGCCACCAGAAGAAGAUCAUGACGAGCGUCCAGGUGAUGCGGGCGCAGGUGCUGAACAAGAGCGUGCCGUCCGUGCACGUAUAGUCAACGCACAGCACUGCCCACAGGGGGCGCCACAGCUGAUCGUUUUUAACACGUUUAUAUUUGAAAAUGUACAAUAAAAUGAAAUAUGUGUACAGACUUAUAAAAGACACGUCCUGAAGCGCUCUUCCUUUGAAAGUGGAUACUUUUCAGUUAUACCUGAUGGAUUUUACUUUUUUAUUUUUUGGUGGAAGACUACUUCGUUGUUGUUGGUUUUUUGUUUUUUGUUUUUUUUUACAACAUCCAAAUUUCUUGUCUUGUUUAUAUCAGUAGAGGGGAAAAAAGACUGCCUUAAAUCUCCCGAUUUUAAUUUUACUCUGCAAAAGAAAGCUAACGUGUGGAACUGGACAGUGACACGGACUGGGAAAAAUAUCAAAUGGUAAUAGAGACGAUCAUCUGACCUGAGUUGAGCUCGCGGUGCCAAAAGACCUUCUCACCAAUAAUGGGACCUCAGCAGUUCAGCCGAAAAUGACCCAGAACUCCCCCGGUUUCAGAACUGUACUUAUUCCUGACGUACAGCACUGCUGGAGUUCCUUGGCGGUGGAGCUGAAAAGCAGUGCGGCAGCAAAGAAAACUUUUUAAAAGAAAGAAGAAGAAAAUAAGGUUGUCAAAGUCGUCAACCUUUGCGACGGCACUGAAGGACACACGGUCUUUUCCUGCCACUGUCUGAAAGCUGCUUAGCGCACAAAUACCUUGAAAAUAACUUUAUCUAUUGUGAUUUUAUUGUUACUGCUUUUUUUUUUUUGUUUGUUUAGUUUCUUGCCUCUGUAGUCUUAAGAAGCAAAAGGGAUAUUGUACAAAUAUUGUGUUUCUUAGAAUAACCUAAAAGGGACUAACUGAAGGGUAUUUGCUUCCAUGUGCAAUCAUAAGAAUGUUUUCUUCCUUUUUUUCCCCCCCACAAACACUGUUUCUUGGUAUGCAGUCAAGUACAACACAGUGGAUGGUUAAUAUCUUUUUUAAUAUUGAUAAAGCCAGGUGAUAUUCCCUAAAUUAAUAUUCAGAUACCCUUACUGGCAAAUUGCAGUUUCUUUAAAAACCUACAUGCCAUGUUGAAUUACCCCUGUUAAAAAACACAACCCCUUACAAAACCUAAGGCUGUUCACUGAAGAAAAUGAGCAGAUUUCUGCAGGAUUUCCCUUUUAAAUGCAUAUAUUCAAUUAAAUUCCUGAUAGAGUUGGAAACUCUAUCAAUAUGUAUCUGAAAUUGAGCAGGUUAUUUUGAUGUAAACUACAGUUGUAGCAUGUAUGGUGGUUUAUAGAGGCUUGGUUUAUCCAAGUCAACACUUCCCAGGGAUUGUGUUGUUUUAAAUUUGAUUUAUUUAUUUUUUCCCGUAGGACCACCUUGGGGAGUAAUAUUAACAUAUUAACAGGGUUCAUCUGUAUGUUUCACUCCUCAAUGCCUGCAGUAGCAAUGCUGUCAGGACAAAAUAAUAAGACUUUUUCUGAGUGCAAACUUCAAGGGACAUUCUGGUUUCACAUUAAUUUUCAAUUGUAAAUGUACAGUUUGUAUACAAAAUAAAAGUUCCUUCCCUAAUACCGAAAGGCAAUAUCCAUAUAAAUGCACAUUAUUGUGCAAAUCUAAAUCAAAACACUGCCAUGACAGACACACAAUACGGAGCUUUCAGUAUAAUCAUACCGUAAAUAAUCAAGCAGUAAAUCAAUCUCUUACCGUCCUCUAUAGGCUGCAUCAAUGGAAGCUGACUAAACCAAACUCACAUCUCAGCCUGACCACUGAGGACAGAUCUUUUUGAGUGGAUAUUUCACACGUAGCCCAAAACUAGCCUUUAUUAUUCACAGCAAACCUCAUCUGUAAAAAAAGAGAGUUUAAAAGGCUUUUGGUUGUAAAUGUUACUUAAAAAAAACAUGACUUGAAAUAAUUGCGUGCCAACGAAUUGGGAGGAGUAGGUUGCAAAAGGGCUUUUGUUUCCAAGGACACUAAGUGCAACCCCACUUUUUUUUUCUUUUUUUUUUUUUUUUUUACUUGUGCUGAUUGGUGCCUCUAAUUUUGUGGGGCUUGCCUUCCCCUUAAAAUUACCUUCACAGUCAGGAAGUCAUAAGCUUCCUGGGUGCAAUGUGAUGUCAACAGUAUCAGUGAUGUAAGGGUGACAACUUUACUUGAACCCUUCAAUGUAAGGCUGUCAUAACACUGUUAUAAACAUGAUUUAACAGCUGUCAUACUGUAAAUGUUAUGUUAUGUUAUGACCAAUUAAAAAACAUUUUCCAAUUAAGGUUUUGACAGUUUUACGUCAUUUGACAUAAGCUGACAAUCUGUUAUGCCAUCUUGUGACAGCUGUUAUGUCAUGUGUAUGACAGUGUUAUGUGACCCCUAUGUCAAAAGGUUCAAGUUUUACCAAUGUAAGUAGCAGAGACCCACAAAACACCACAGACACAGGCGAAAAUUAGGGAAAUGUACAACCAGAACCAUUGUAAAUUGCUGAUCUAGGUUUAUGUGACUACGUAAAAUGGAAUAUCCGUCAUCCAUGUUUUUUUUUCAGUCCUUGGCUUGGAUGAGAGGCCAGUUCAGUUGCCUUUCUAGCUUUAAAUUCAGUGCCGAUAGAAAGGUGUGUCUCGAGGAUUCCAGACUUCCAAUUUUAGAAUUGAAAGCUGGAAUGGGAUCGUUUAAUUGAUAAAGUUGUGGUAAUUUACCUCAUUAUUUAUAAAAAAACAGAUAAAUUAGCCCAGUUUUAUGGAAUCGAAUGAAUUAUGAAAUGCUUUGUUUAGCCAGAACUUUUAAAUAUGUAGACCUAAAAGAUGUACAUUAUUAUAUGUAACUAUAUUAUUCACUUAGCCACUUUUUUGUACCGCACAGUUCAUUUGUCUUGUGAAAGGUCAUGAAAGAAAUAUUGUUCAAUGAAGUUUAUUCAGUGUAAUUCAGCAAUAUAAACAGCUACAAUAUUGAUUGGAGGAUACAGGUCUGUUGUGUAUAAUUUUGCAAGAGCCAUUUCACUUACGGGAGCUGUGUAACUUAACUUUUAUUUUAAGUCUCUAAAGACUCUGUGUUCCAGAAGCAUUUACCUGCGGAUGUAAUGCUACAGGAUUGUUUCAGUAAACGGCACCUUACUGUGCAUGACAACGGUGAAAACAAGGUGUAAAAUAGCUGGAGUUAUAAGGCUCUAUAAUAACAUGAUAUAGCCUUAUAACAUAUAAUAUAAAUAUAUAUAAUAUAAAUGCAUUUCUCUGUUUAGUCAAGAUUAUGGUUUUGUCCUCUGUUGAUUCUUUUGCAAACAUAAACAAGAUUCAUUUUUUAUGUUCUUAUACAACACUGAUGCAGUGGUUUAAAACAGGUUUAUUGAAGCAGGGCUAUUAUUUUAUUUAUUUUUAUGUUUUUUAAAUUUAUGAUUACAAGACAAACAAUGCUGCGGUAAGAUCAGGGCCAGAGAGUAACGAGAUAAAAUCAGUCACACAUCAGAGUAAGUGUGAAAUUACAAACAAGCUGUUUUUUUUUUUUUUUCUUUCCCCUGUUGUUUGUUAAUGCCUCGGUAUUCACGCAAACACACCUGUCCUUUUGAAAAAGAUGUAAAAUGGUAACGAAGUGUGUGGAGUGUAAAUGCUUGGAACGUUGGAAGUUAAAUAUGUGCAAUAAAAGGAAGCAGAGA